CGGCAUGGUAACAAUCUCUCCCUAAUGGCUUUUAACAAACAAUCAAGAAGCUCAUUUAGAUCCAGUCUCCAUUUGUUGAGGAUUUUUUAAAGUACACUGCCACCCUCCAGCAGGACAAUACUCCUCUACUGGACAUUCUCUGGCGCUAUUAUGAACGGAAUAAGAACUAUAUUGCAGCUGCUAGGAUACUGGACCAGCUUGCCAGAAAAGAAAGUGUUGAGUUAACCCUCUCCAGGAGGCUGGAGUACAUAUCAAGGGCGGUGAUGUAUGCUAAGAGCUGUGGGUCUGUAUCCAGCGUCAGUGGUGAGGGAGAGUUCCUUCAUGAACUGGAAGAGAAGAUAGAGGUUGCUAGAAUACAGUUGUCCAUAUUGCAAGGUAUCCAGUCCCUCCAUCACUCACAGCAUACUCAACAAGCUAUCACUGAACUCAACUCAAAACUGAUGGAUGUCAGUCAGUUGUAUGGUGAUUUUGCUGAUCCGUUCAAUCUCUCAGAGUGUAAGUUGUCCAUUGUUCAUUGUGCCGGCCAUUUUGAUGUCACACUGAUUGAAUCACUGUGGAGUGAAAUUAUAGAACAAGAGCUCCAGUCUACACUGGGCAAUGAUAGGAACACUAGAAUGCAGAGCAUGAGGGACAGACUACUGAGACUUGGUAAACUGUAUUCAAGAAAUGACAGCUACUUUCCAACUGCCUAUCUCAUUAAGCUGUUAGAGCAGCACUCUUGUCAGCUGGGUGGGAUCCUGUCUUCAUUCCGGACAUAUUUCAUCAAGUGGGUGUGUCUUACUCCACCCUAUUCACACUCUACAACAACCUCUUUGAAGAAAAGGAUACAUUUUGGGGUUCAGUAGGACGACCGUUACAUGUUCUGUCAGUUUUAUUGGCUUUACUAUCAGCUUAUACUGCUAACAGUUCACUAGUAGCUACCAAACAUUUCUCAGUUGCUAUUGAUAAGUAUUUGGUUGAGCUACAGACACUGGAUCCCUCCACUCCUGAUAUCAAUACACUCACUGCUGGACUGGCUCAAGAGAGAACUCUAGAGGAACCUUGACACCAUCAAAUGAACACACUCCACCACACACUAUCCAUACACUUGUGUAUACAUUCAUUUUGAAAUGAUAAUUUUUCAAUCUUA